UCCAUUCCUCAGCUAUAUAUACACGGCUGGCUGGCUGCUGGCUGCACAUAUCCAUCCUCCCAAUGAACAGUUGCCAUAUAUACUCGCCGAUCCGUCCGCCCUAUUAAUAGCCAGCGUUGGCCUCUAACCUCCUCCAGCCUGCCCAAGCGUCAUCAUCCGUCGUCGCCGGCCGUUUCCCCUUCGGCAUCCUUAUCCUCGCUCGUCGCCCGGCCAGGCCAAGCAUUGCUAGCAGGAGGCCGCGGCAUGAAGCUCCUCCUGCCGCCGGCCGCCGCCGGAUCACCGUCCCUUGCGAAAGGUCCAUGCCGUAUCUGGGGCAAAGCUGGUGGAGCAACGGGGCCCCGCGGCACGCGCGUCGCCCGCUGGAGGGCGCAGGCCCGGACCACGACAGCGCAGCCCGACAACGUAUCCACACCUGCUCCUGCUGCUGCUGCCGCUAAAGUACCUGCAGUGUUCCAAACCACCCGCAUCGAAAGUGAUGCUGAAAUCACAAAAUGGCCUGGGAAACCACAGGAUCUUGGUGACUACCAAUUGAUCCCUGAGGCUGAUGGGGCGGGCUUGCAGCCACUCAUCGAUCAAGUGAGGGCAAUGCUAAGAUCAAUGAAUGAUGGGGAAAUCAGCGUCUCGGCGUAUGACACUGCGUGGGUUGCACUUGUGCCGAAGCUGGACGGCGAGGGCCCCCAGUUCCCGGCCACCGUGCGUUGGAUCGUCGACAACCAGCUGCCUGACGGCUCCUGGGGCGAUCCGGCCUUGUUCUCUGCCUAUGACCGUAUGACAAACACCCUUGCCUGUGUCGUUGCACUGACGAAAUGGUCUCUUGAGCCUGAAAAAUGCAAGACAGGGCUAUCUUUUCUCCAUGAGAACAUGUGGAGGUUAGCAGAUGAAGAGCAAGAGUCAAUGCCCAUCGGCUUCGAAAUUGCAUUCCCUUCUCUCAUUCAGAUAUCUAGGAGCUUGGGCAUUGACUUUCCAUAUGAUCACCCGGCUUUACAGAGCAUAUAUUCUAACAGGGAAAUCAAGCUGAAGAGGAUCCCAAAGGACAUGAUGCAUAGAGUUCCUACAUCAAUUCUGCAUAGCCUUGAAGGAAUGUCUGAUCUGGAUUGGGCAAAGCUUCUAAAUCUCCAAUCAAGUGAUGGAUCCUUCUUGUAUUCUCCUUCGGCUACUGCAUAUGCACUUAUGCAAACUGGUGACAAGAAGUGCUUUGAAUAUAUUGAUAGGAUAGUCAAAAAGUUCAAUGGAGGAGUCCCUAAUGUUUACCCAGUCGAUCUUUUUGAGCACAUAUGGGUCGUUGAUCGGUUAGAGCGACUCGGGAUCUCCCGUUACUUCCAACGAGAGAUUAAACAAUGCAUGGACUAUGUGAACAGGCACUGGACUGAAGAAGGGAUUUGCUGGGCUAGAAACUCUAAUGUAAAAGAUGUGGAUGACACGGCUAUGGCUUUUCGACUACUACGGCUACAUGGAUACAACGUCUCCCCAAGUGUAUUUAAGAAUUUUGAGAAGGACGGAGAGUUCUUUUGUUUUGUGGGGCAAUCAACCCAAGCUGUCACUGGGAUGUACAACCUCAACAGAGCCUCUCAGAUAGGUUUUCAAGGGGAGGAUGUAUUGCACCGUGCUAGGAUCUUCUCAUAUGAAUUUCUCAGACAAAGAGAAGCCCAGGGCAUGCUCCAUGAUAAAUGGAUCAUUGCAAAGGAUCUCGCUGGCGAGGUACAAUAUGCAUUAGACUUUCCUUGGUAUGCAAGCUUGCCUCGUGUAGAGGCAAGAACCUAUCUAGAUCAAUAUGGUGGUAAAGAUGAUGUUUGGAUUGGAAAGACUCUCUACAGAAUGCCUCUUGUGAAUAACGACGUAUAUUUGGAGUUGGCGAGAAUGGAUUUCAACCAAUGCCAAGUUCUACAUCAACUUGAGUGUCACGGGCUUCAAAUGUGGUACAAUGAGAAUCUCCUUGAGACUUUUGGAGUGGCACCACAAGAAGUUUUGAGAUCUUAUUUUUUAGCAGCAUCUUGCAUUUUUGAACCAAGCCGUGCUGCUGAGCGUCUCUCAUGGGCUAGAACAACAUUGCUUGCCAAUGCUAUUUCUACACAUGUUCAUAACAUUUUGUCAGACAAGAAAAGAUUGGAAUGCUUCGUGCAUUGCCUCUAUGAAGAAAGUGGUAAAUCAUGGAUUAAAACAAAUCCUCGUGAUGCUAUUCUUGAGAGGGCGCUUCGGCAACUUAUUGACUUAUCGGCACAAGAAGCACAGCCAAUUCACGAAGGACAAAGGUUCAUACGCAGUCUCCUGAGUCUUGCAUGGACCGAAUGGAUGAUGCAAAGGACAAACAAAGAAGACAACAGAUCCAGUGUUAUAGAACCUCGAUCCAUGAUACAUGAUAGGCAAACUUAUUUGCUUCUAGUUCAGAGUAUUGAGAUUUGUGCUGGCCGAAUUGGUGAAGCUGUGUCUGUGAUAAACAACAAGGAAAGUGAUCGGUUUAUUCAACUCGCAUGCACUAUUUCUGACAGUCUUAACCACAAGGUGUUACUAUUCCAGGAUACCGAGAAGAAUGAAGUAACAAUAGAUUGCAUUGACAAGGAAAUCCAGUUGAAUAUGCAAGAGCUUGCUCAAUCUUUCCUCCUGAGAUUGGAUGAGAAAACCAAUAAGAGCAAGACCAAGCAAACCUUAUGGGGUGUUCUGAGAAGCUCUUACUAUGCUAGUCAUUGCCCACAGCAUGUGAUCGAUAGGCAUGUUUCGGAGGUUAUCUUUGAGCCUGUUUAGAAAAGGUUUAAUUGUUGGCCAUUUGUAGGUCUAGUUGUAAACAUGUGUACAUAAAGAAAAGGCUGUAAAUAGUAAUAGUAGGGAUACUUGGAAUUGUAAGUUGGUAGAGCUAUAAAAUUGAAAUUAGAGUAUCUGUAAGAUUUAGAAUGUUCCUGUAUAAGUAAUUAUAUAGUGAAUAGAGGUUUUCAUUCGAAUAAAAGUUUUGUAUGGCAAAUGUCA